CUGUGCACCUGCUUUGGAAAUCUUUUUUUCUCCACGCGCUAAGAUCUCAUCUGAACUGUUUUUAGAAAUGUCUCUUCCUCCCUCCUUUUACGCUUUUGGUGAUUUUAACGACUCGGUCUCUUUUACUCCUUUCAAUGUUACGUUUACUGAAGAUCCGCUGCGCGUGCCUUCAAACAGCAGCGCGAGCAGCAGGGCUGCAGCCAGGGACACUACCAGCCUCAUCAUCGCUGUUUGUAUCACGGCGCUCUACUCUCUCAUCUGUGUGGUGGGACUGCUGGGGAACGUGCUUGUAAUGUACGGGGUGGUCAGGUACACCAAGAUGAAGACCGCCACCAACAUCUACAUCUUCAACCUGGCUCUGGCCGACGCCCUCGCCACCAGCACGCUCCCCUUCCAGAGCGCCAAGUACCUGAUGAGCACGUGGCCCUUCGGGGAGGUGUUGUGUAAAGUGGUCAUCGCCAUCGACUAUUACAACAUGUUCACCAGCAUCUUCACGCUCACCAUGAUGAGCGUGGACCGCUACAUCGCCGUCUGCCACCCCGUGAGAGCCCUGGACUUCCGCACGCCCGCCAAAGCCAAACUCAUCAACGUCUGCAUCUGGUUCCUCUCCUCUGCUGUCGGAGUCCCUGUUAUGAUCAUGGCCGUUACCAAGGUGACGGAUAAAGGAAUCACUUCCUGUGAGCUCAGGUUCCCCCACCCUGACUGGUACUGGGACACAGUGAUGAAAAUCUGCGUGUUCAUCUUUGCCUUCGUGGUUCCCGUCCUGGUCAUCACCGUCUGCUACGGUCUGAUGAUCCUGCGGCUCAAGAGUGUCCGGCUGCUCUCCGGCUCCAAGGAGAAGGACAGGAACAUGCGGCGGAUCACCCGUAUGGUCCUGGUGGUCGUGGCGGCCUUCAUCAUUUGCUGGACUCCCAUCCACAUCUUCAUUAUUGUCAAAACCAUGGUGGUAGUGGACCGCAAGAACCUCCUGGUGAUAGCCUGCUGGCACCUGUGCAUUGCUCUGGGCUACACCAACAGCAGCCUCAACCCCUUGCUCUACGCCUUCUUGGAUGAAAACUUCAAAAGGUGCUUCAGGGAUUUCUGCCUGCCGUAUCGCUCCCGCCUCGACCAGAACAGCUUCUCCAGAGCCCGAAACAGCACGAGGGAGCCCGUGUCUGUUUGUGCUCCUGCAACCAUACAGCAACCACCAGCAUGACUAGGCAUGGACCAAUGGGAGGGAAGAACAGUUCAGGAGGACCUCCAGACUGAGGUCACACAGUUCUCCACCACAGGAGUCUGAGUCCCAAGAUAGAAGAAGAAGAAGAAGAAGAUUACUUUAUUAAUCCCACAAUGGGGAAAUUCAACCUCUGCAUUUAACCCAUCCUUUUUCACACAAGUGAACACACCAUGCAAGGAGCAGUGGGCAACACAUUACUGCGCCUGGGAAGCUGUGCAGGGGGGUUAGGUGCCUUGCUCAAGGGCACUUCAGUCCUAGACCUGUCAGUACCGGGAUUCGAAACAGCGACUCUCCAGUUGCAAGCCCGAUUCCUAAGCUCUAGGCCACAGACUGCCCAUGAUGUAGGUUAAUGACCUGUCAUUUAUGUAAGUUAUUGGUCUUAUAUGAUGAAACUCCUAAGUCCCAAUAGGUUUGUGAGACACAGUUAUCACAGAUUGUCAAACCUGCGUGUGCCUGGAUCAGUGGAUACAAAUGUGCACCCUUGGUAGUCUCUAUAAAGCACAUGCAUAGUGCAUCCAUAUGACCAAA